AAAAUUAACUUUUGGUAAUCUUUAAAAAUUGAAAGAAUGUCUGUUUGCCAUCUCCUCUCCCAUCUGGUUUAACCAACUGUAUCUACAGUAGCAUCUCUUCUUACAACUAGAUCUGCCAUUAAACCCUAACAUUUCAUUCACAUUUUCCACCUCUCUUUCACACACACACACACUUAGUGAUAUGAAGAUAUAGAGGAAUAAAAUGGAGUUCACAGAGGCAUAUAAGCAAACAGGUCCCUGUGCAUUCUCCCCCAAUUCUAGGUUCAUUGCUGUCGCUGUCGAUUAUCGCCUCGUCAUUCGUGAUCUGCUGUCGCUUAAGGUUGUUCAGCUCUUUUCAUGCACAGACAAGAUAAGCUACAUUGAAUGGGCCCUCGACUCUGAGUACAUACUUUGUGGUCUCUAUAAGAAGCCUGCAGUACAAGUUUGGUCAUUGGCACAACCUGACUGGACGUGCAAAAUAGAUGAAGGCCUUGCUGGUAUUGCUUGUGCCAGAUGGAGCCCCGACAGUCGCCACAUUCUCACAACAUCCGAGUUCCAAUUGCGGCUCACUGUUUGGUCUUUAGUCAACACAGCAUGUGUUCACGUCCAAUGGCCAAAACAUGCUUCUAAAGGGGUAGCCUUUACCCAUGAUGGAAAGUUUGCUGCAAUAUGCACUAGGCGUGAUUGCAAGGACUAUAUAAAUCUCCUAUCGUGUAAUACAUGGGAGAUAAUGGGUGUUUUUGCUGUAGACACAUUAGAUCUGGCUGAUAUCGAAUGGUCUCCAGAUGAUAGUGCUAUUGUGAUUUGGGAUUCUCUUCUAGAUUAUAAGGUACUUGUUUAUUCCCCUGACGGGAGGUGUCUAUCAAAGUAUCAAGCAUAUGAAAGUGGACUGGGAGUGAAAAGUGUUUCAUGGUCACCUUGUGGUCAGUCUCUAGCUGUGGGAAGUUAUGAUCAGAUGCUAAGAGUUUUGAGUCACCUUACUUGGAAAGUUUUUGCUGAGUUCACUCACCUAUCAAAUGUACGCGCUCCAUGUUCUGCUGCCAUCUUCAAGGAGGUAGAUGAGCCUCUGCAACUUGAUAUGUCAGGCUUAUCUUUAAAGGAUGAUUUGGUCAACCAUGAUCCCGAUAAUGGAGCAGAACAACGCAUAGAGGUCAGGUAUGAUGUUUUGGAAGUGCCCGUCACCUUGCCUUUUCAGAAGCCGCCUGUGGAUAAACCGAAUCCUAAACAAGGAAUUAGUCUUUUGUCAUGGAGCAGCAAUAGCCAGUAUAUUUGUACUCGCAAUGACAGCAUGCCGACUGUCCUCUGGGUUUGGGACAUGCACAAUCUAGAACUUGCUGCCAUCUUACUGCAAAAAGAUCCCAUCCGAGCAGCAGCCUGGGAUCCUGAAUGCACUCGUCUGGUUUUUUGCACAGGAAGCUCCCAUUUAUACAUGUGGACACCUUCUGGGGCUUAUUGUGUGAAUGUUCCAUUACCACAAUUUAACGUCACUGAUUUGAAGUGGAAUUCCUCUGGAAGCUGCCUUCUAGUCAAGGACAAGGAAUCAUUUUGUUGUGCUGCUGUUGCUUCGCUACCAGAAUCUAGUGAAUAUAGCUCAGAUGAUGAUUGAAGUUAUGUAUUUUGUUUUAGACUAGUUAGACAAGUCAUGUUCAGCAGUCAAGAAUGUCGAUGUUCAAAGUAUCAAUUGCCACUGCCCAAAUAUGCAUUGUUCCCUCUGUUUGUAGCUCAAACAUCGUAUUCCUAAUCUAAUUUCCAACAGAAGUUUAUAUGUC